AAAGCUCAGCUGAACUAGUGAACUGCGUGCGGCUGUGAGUGUCUUCAAUCUCACUAAGAUUGGAUAGCCUUCUUCAAAACUUUGCAAAUCCAAACUAAUUCUCUUUUUCUGUGUGUAGUUUUUGCACGAGCUCAACUUAUCUAAUUAGCUAGCAGUUAGCUAUGUCUUUUGCAACUGAAGAGAAGAAAUUGGUUGUUAGGCUAUUGUUUGGCAUUGUAGAAGUUUUGGAGUCCAAGACACCUGAUGAAGCUGUGAACGUGGUGGAAGACUUUAUCCCCGGCAUCACACGUGCAAUCACCAAACGACCAAAUGGGAUCGAUCGUCAAAUCAAGCUUGAUUACUUGCUCCCGAUGCUCCUAGACCUUGUUCAGCUCAGAGAGGGUUUCAUCAAUUUGAGUUCCUUUAAAGCAAAGUUUGAUCAGAUUGGUGUCGCACUCAGGGCCGAGUUCAAAAAUUUUGACAAAUCCAAAACCGACCCCAUCGCUGCACUUGAUAAGCUUCUAAAGAUUGCUUCCCCAGAAACUGUCCCUCUCCCUUUGUCUCCACCUCCCGAAAGAUCCUCUCUUCACUUCACUCUCCCUCCACCAAAUUUAAAGGAUGAGAAACUAGCUGGAGAGAAUUCAGAAGAGUAUUGCAGUGCCUUUGUAGAUAGUCCUGCUCCAACUGAAUCUUCUUGUUCCCUGUCUUCUGAUGGAGAAGAUAGGACUAAGGUUGAGCAGCAAACCAAAGCCAGUAUUACGGAGAGCAUUCUGUAUACGUUCCCCUACGAUGUGACACCAGGGAUUAUUGAUCAGCUGCAAUCAAUUGCUGACUAUUCAAAUUGCAUCAUGACGCCCGUAAAGACGUUUCAAGGCACUUCUUUCUUUAUAAAUGCUGCUAAAGAGUGGGACCGGCGUAAGUGCAUUGAUGGCUUUCAUGAUUUUGAAAGAAAGCAUUCUUCUAAGAAAUUUGCCAAAAUGUCAUCUCUUCCCACUAGCCCAUUGAUGAGUCCAUCAAGAAGUCCCACCACAGAUAACGUCAAGUAUCAUCGUUCACAUUUACUUCAGAUAAAACGAAACCUGAGAACUGAAAGUCCGCAACUCUUAGAGUCUCUCUAUUUGAUUGGUCAGCACUACGACAUCCUAAUGUAGCUCUCUUCCCUUUACUUAAUGCAUGUAGUGACACAUUUUAACCCUUUAAUAAAUGUGAUCUGCAUAACCAAUUCAUUUGAGUUUACAGUCUCUCUCUCUCUCUCAGUUAUCACUUACAUUGUAUAUUAUUCAAAUCACUUACUUAAUCGCUUGUUAAUUUAAUAGGAUUUUUCAUCCAUCAUGAUCAUUUGUGCUUAUAAACACUUAUCAACAGACACUUUUACUUAUUCAUUUCUUCAUUCAUUUAUUCACUUCUUCAUUCAUUUAUUCACUUAUCUGUUAUGUUACGUAAAA